CUCCCCUCCCCGGCUCCCCCAGUAACUCGCCACCGACCCCUCUCCCCCUCACUCGCUGCCCAUGGGCGGAUGAUUGACGGGGUAAACCCGGCCCGAGCCCGAGCCCGACCGACCAAGCGCCGGUCAGCGACAGCAACCGCAGCUCCGCACCACGACUCCACCACCACCACCGGCCCCUCCCCAGCACACCUUCUCUUCGCUCUUGAAGCAAAAGUCAGCAAAGACUAGUCCGCCGAGAUCCAGGGGUACUAUGGCGAUUUCAAUGAGGGAUGUAGAUCCUGCUUUUCAAGGGGCUGGUCAAAAAGAUGGACUGGAAAUAUGGCGGAUUGAGAAGUUGCAAGCCGUUCCUGUUCCCAGAGAAUCACAUGGAAAGUUUUUCGCAGGAGAUUCCUACAUAAUACUAAAGACAACUGCCCGUAAAAAUGGUUCUUUUCAGCAUGAUAUCCAUUAUUGGCUUGGUAAAGAUACCAGUCAGGAUGAAUCUGGUACAGCUGCAAUCAAGACUGUGGAAUUGGAUGUUGCUCUUGGCGGACGUGGUGUUCAAUACCGUGAAGUACAGGGAAAUGAGACUGAGAAAUUUCUUUCCUACUUUAAACCCUGUAUUAUACCAGAGGAAGGUGGGAUUGCAUCUGGUUUCAGGCACACUGAAAUCAAUGAACGGGAGCAUGUAACACGAUUAUUUGUCUGCAGAGGAAAGCAUACAGUCCAUGUCAAAGAGGUUCCUUUUGCAAGAUCAUCACUCAACCAUGAUGACAUAUUUAUUUUAGAUACAAAGUCCAAGAUAUUCCAAUUCAAUGGAUCGAAUUCUAGUAUUCAGGAGAGGGCUAAAGCCCUUGAGGUUGUGCAAUAUCUCAAAGACACCAACCAUGAAGGAAAAUGUGAUGUAGCUGCAGUUGAGGAUGGAAAGUUGAUGGCAGACGCUGAUGCUGGUGAAUUCUGGGGUCUCUUUGGGGGAUUUGCUCCUCUUCCCCGAAAGACCUUUUCUGAGCCUAAUGGAAAAGAUACUGCUUUCCCUCCAAAGCUGCUCUGGGUCAACAAGGGCCAAACAGUUUCUGUGGAUUGUGAAAUUCUAACAAAAGCGCUGCUAGACUCAACAAAAUGCUACCUUCUGGAUUGCGGAUCUGAAAUUUAUGUCUGGAUGGGCAGAGAAACAGCGCUCGAAGAUCGGAAACAAGCAGGAUUGGCAGCUGAGGAAUUACUUCGUGAAGGAGAUCGACCAAAAUCGCACAUUAUUCGUCUCAUGGAAGGAUUUGAGACGGUUAUAUUCCGAUCAAAGUUUAAUAAAUGGCCCAAGAAAGCUGAGGCAGUUGUGUCAGAUGAGAGCAGAGGAAAAGUUGCAGCCCUUCUUAAACGCCAAGGAUUUAAUGUUAAAGCUGUAGCAAAAUCUGCUCCUGUGAAGGAAGAGCCUCUACCUCAGAUUGACUGCACAGGGAACUUGCAGGUUUGGCGCGUAAAUGACAGUGAAAAGACUUUCCUUUCAUUCUCUGAACAAUGCAAAUUCUACAGUGGAGAUUGCUAUAUCUUCCAAUAUAGCUACCCUGGUGAUGAUGGGGAGGAAUGUCUUGUUGGUACUUGGUUUGGAAAAAAGAGUAUUGAGGAGGAGAGGGCUGCAGCCACUUCACUUGCUAAUAAGAUGGUUGAGUCUCUAAAAUUCCAGGCAGUUCUGGUUCGCCUUUAUGAAGGAAAGGAGCCCAUUGAGUUUUUCCCAAUAUUUCAGAAUUUGGUUAUAUUCAAGGGUGGUGCUAGUACUGGGUAUAAGAAGUUCGUCUCGGAAAAUGGCAUUCAAGAUGAUUCAUAUUCAGAAAAUGGGGUUGCACUGUUCCGGGUUCAAGGUUCAGGACCAGAUAAUAUGCAAGCAAUUCAAGUUGAUGCGGUGGCACCAUCUCUGAACUCUUCGUACUGUUACAUACUGCAUGAUGGAGAUACGGUGUUUACGUGGAUUGGGAACCUAAGCUCGUCAAUGGACCAAGAGCUCGCUGAGAGGCAACUAGAUGUGAUCAAGCCAAAUCUCCAGUCCAGAAUGCUCAAGGAAGGAUCAGAAUAUGAUCAGUUCUGGAAGAUACUUGGAAUAAAAUCUGAGUACUCCAGCCAGAAGAUUGCAAGAGAUCCAGAAAGUGAUGCUCAUUUAUUUUGUUGUACUUUUUUGAAAGGGGUGCUUAAGGUUAGAGAGAUAUUCAACUUCACACAAGAUGAUAUGAUGACGGAAGACAUAUUUAUUUUGGACUGUCAUUCAUGUGUCUUUAUAUGGGUUGGACAAAAUGUGGACACAAAAAUACGUGCACAAGCUUUGAGCAUUGGAGAGAAAUUUCUAGAACUUGACAUUCCAAUGGAAAACUUAUCACGAGAAACACCACUUUAUGUCAUCAAUGAAGGAAGUGAGCCCCAAUUUUUCACCAGGUUCUUCACUUGGGAUUCUGCAAAAACAGCCAUGCAUGGCAACUCAUUUGAAAGGAGGCUGUCUAUAUUGAAGGAUGGAAUAAAACCAAGAAGAGAUAAACCUAAAAGAAGAACAACAACAUCAUCGCACACUGGAAGAUCAAGUGUGCCUGAUAAAUCUCAGCGUAGAAGUACGUCUUUCAGCCCUGAUCGUGUAAGAGUUAGAGGAAGGUCACCGGCAUUCAAUGCAUUGGCUGCCACCUUUGAGAAUUCAAAUGCCCGAAAUCUAUCAACCCCUCCACCAGUUGCAAGAAAAUCAUUUUCGAAGUCUUCCUCCCCUGAUCCUGUAAAGCCACCCCAGAGAGCUGCCUCGAUCGCCGCAAUGUCUGCUUCUUUCGAGCGGCCUAGACAAACUCUGAUACCAAAGUCAAUUAAAGCGAGUCCUGAGGUAAAGAAACCACAAUCUGAAGCAAGCAAACCCAAGCCAGAGGAAGAUGCCAAGGAAAGUACCCCUGCCACGAAGGAUGGGCAAACUGUGACUCCGACAAUACAGGAAGAUGUAAAGGAGGAUCAGCCCGAAGACGAGGAAGGGCUUCCUACAUAUCCGUAUGAUCGCUUGAGGACAUCUUCAAGCAAUCCUGUCACAGACAUUGAUAGUACCAGGCGUGAGACGUAUCUAUCUUCGGCAGAGUUCAGGGAGAAGUUUGGCAUGACAAAGGAGGCUUUUGCAAAGCUACCAAAGUGGAAGCAGAAUAGGCUCAAGAUCGCUCUUCAGCUCUUUUAAAAUGUUAUGCUGUCAAAUAUGCACUAGUUAUGUCUUGCCUGUUGGUGAAAGCAAGGACGUUGAGAUUGGUUUUCAAAGGCAAAUCUCAAACACGAAGAUCUCUCUCGCACUCGUCGCAAUGUUAAGAAGAGACAUCGGUAAGUGUAAGCCUAUCUGGGUCAAGGGGACCCUCGGUAGGCGUCGGAGGGGCUGGAGCAGUGAGUUUUGAGCCGCCCAUGCCCCCGAAUUGUGUGUUGUCCACUGACGAAUUCUCCAUGUCGUGUGUCGGGUCGCUGCAUUGGCGGUCUGCUCACACACCCCUAAUUCUUUCCUUUCCAAGGUCACCGGUUUGGUUGUGAGCUUGCAACGCUUUUUCGUCGCCCACUUGAAACCUCACCAUUUGUUUCAUUCUUUCAUGCUGUGUAUGGUUUCCUGACACAAAUAAUGUUACGUAUAUGGUGUAAGAAGUUAGGUGAUGGGAUGUGCCGGGGCGAGAUCCCCUUUUGUCGGAAUACCCAGGCGACGAACGGAAGAAGGCGUCUUGCCCUCGAAAUUUGAUAUUUUAAGUGGUAAUUAGUCGUUCCUGCGUGCAAAUUUUGUAAUCAGAUUUACACUAUGACUUUGUUCUCUUAAGUUGAUUCCUGCGUGCAGAUUUUGUAA